CACGGCUUUCCGGCACAGUGGGGCGGAUGAAAAGGUUGUUUAUGAAACUCCGGUGUGCGCGCUGUGGGGCGGGAAUUCGAGAUUGAAAAGUGAAGACAAAGAGAGAGAGAGAGAGAAGGAGAGAGAGGGAGGGAGGACACGCACAAGGAGCGGCGGUGCGCCGGCGAGCAGCUCAGCGGAGCUCGUAGGAGGAGGCGCGGCUUCCCCUGCACCUCCAAACCCAGCACAUGUAUGGACGACCACCUCAGCCUCCUUCACUCGCCUCCGCCGUCUUACACGAAGCAGAGGAAAAGCACAAACAUCGUGAACCCCGGCUAUACGGAGACUGAGCACGACAUCAUGACAGUGGUCGCCUGUGACAACAUUCUGGAGGAGACGGCGGCGCUGCCCGGGCAUCACUCUUUGGAUCGCUACGAGCCCGACCAUGAGUGCUGCGAGCGGGUGGUCAUUAACAUCUCCGGACUGCGCUUUGAAACUCAGCUCAAGACCUUAGCUCAGUUCCCAGAGACGUUGUUGGGUGACCCUAAAAAGAGGAUGCGCUACUUUGACCCCCUGCGUAACGAGUACUUUUUUGACAGAAACAGACCCAGCUUUGAUGCCAUCCUUUAUUACUAUCAGUCCGGGGGGCGCAUCAGGAGACCCGUUAACGUCCCCAUUGACAUCUUCUCCGAAGAAAUCCGAUUUUACGAACUUGGAGAGGAAGCCAUGGAGAAAUUCCGGGAAGACGAAGGCUUUAUCAAAGAAGAGGAGCGUCCCUUGCCCACUAAUGAGUUUCAGAGACAAGUGUGGCUACUGUUUGAGUAUCCCGAGAGCUCCGGGCCAGCUCGGGGCAUCGCAAUUGUCUCCGUUUUGGUCAUUCUAAUCUCCAUUGUUAUAUUUUGCCUGGAAACCUUGCCCGAGUUUAGGGACGAUAAGGAGUACCCCAGCCCCAUAGCACCUGUUAUAAACGGAACAAAUCCUUACCUGUCCAACAGUUUUACAGAUCCUUUUUUCGUGGUAGAGACGCUUUGCAUCAUCUGGUUUUCUUUCGAACUGCUUGUGAGAUUCUUCGCUUGUCCUAGCAAAGCCACGUUUUCCAAAAAUAUCAUGAACAUCAUAGACAUUGUGGCCAUCAUUCCAUACUUCAUUACCCUAGGGACUGAGCUGGCCGAAAGGCAGGGCAACGGUCAGCAGGCCAUGUCUUUGGCAAUUCUGCGAGUCAUCAGGUUGGUGAGAGUUUUCCGGAUUUUUAAACUCUCCCGGCACUCGAAAGGGCUCCAGAUUUUGGGGCAGACUCUGAAAGCCAGCAUGAGGGAACUGGGGUUGUUAAUUUUCUUCCUUUUUAUUGGGGUCAUCCUUUUCUCUAGCGCAGUCUACUUUGCCGAAGCCGACGACCCCACCUCUGGCUUUAACAGCAUCCCCGAUGCCUUCUGGUGGGCAGUGGUCACCAUGACGACGGUUGGCUAUGGAGACAUGCACCCCGUCACGAUAGGUGGCAAAAUUGUCGGGUCACUGUGUGCAAUCGCUGGCGUGCUCACCAUCGCCCUUCCAGUGCCUGUCAUUGUAUCCAAUUUUAACUACUUUUACCACCGGGAGACGGAGGGAGAGGAGCAGGCGCAGUACCUGCACGUCGGCAGCUGCCAGCACCUGUCGUCCACCGAAGAGCUGAAGAAAGCGCGCAGCUCGUCCUCUUUGAGCAAAUCCGAGUACAUGGUGGUGGAGGAAGGCAUCAACAGUGCUUUCAAGUCGUCCAACUUUAAAAAUAGCAACUGCACACCAAACAGUCAAAACUAUGUGAACAUCAAAAAGAUAUUCACUGACGUUUAAAAAGGGCAAAUGGCAGCGUUCAUCACACUCAAAGCCACUACUAAUAAUCGUGACGUGUCAGUGCAAUUAUGUUGUGUGGAGGCGACGCCAUACCGUACCGUAGGUAAAACUAAGUGUGUCCUGUCCCAGUGAGUUCAACUCCAUUCGCUGUAGAGCCAAACGUUUUACGGUUGUUUUGCUGCUUCGUUAACGAGAUCCAUGGAUGUUCUGCCUUCUUACUCUUAACCUGAAAAGCGGCACAAAUCACAGUAGGCUACUAAUAAGGCCGGCUGGGUGACAUUUAUAUAUACCAAUUUCUAUAUACUUACAGAUAUGUACAUGGAUAGAUUUAUAUUUUUUUGUAUUCCCAUUUUUUUUUAUUUUUGCCAAGUCGAUUUAGGUGAUUGUAUUCUUUUAGUGAUAAUUCUCAACGUAAAGUGGGCAUUUAUUUGUCGAGUCUGUAUUUCAAGUGAAAAGGCGUCAGUUUAGAAAAACGCGAAAUAUAAGAUAGAUAGGCUGCCAGAGUAUUUCACCUCCACUCACUGACAUUUGUUCAUGAAGGGUACAAGUCUGUCCAAUCCUUAUCGCGUUGUGCGCACAACUGGAAAAUUACGUGUAUGUGGUAAUAAAAGUUAGAGUCUAAUGUAGUCGUCGACUUAGUGUCCCGUAUGUGUAAAGGUCUCGAUGAAAACGUUAAAAUUUAGACAGUAAUAAUCAUAUAUAUAUAUAUAUAUAUAUAUAUAUAUAUAUAUAUAUA